GCCUCAGCGACUCGCCGUACAUUUGGCGGGCACUGUAAAACGUAAACAGAGAAGGCUGAGAAAUGGAGGAAAGCGAAGAAACAACUACAAAAAUAGAGGCUGUGGAUAUUAAGAACUCAUCUGAAAACCAUACCAAUGAUGCUACAGGGGAAGUUUCCUCACAGAUGUCAACUUCGGGAUCAGUUUGUAAGCCGGCCGAGGAGACGAAACCCCAGUUUGACCGGUUGAAGUUGUUCGACAAAGUGAUGCAGAAGAGCCUUGAAAGGUUUAUUCAAUUUGCCAGUUUUAACAGAUUUGCCGGCACAUUUCGUCCGCUGUACCAGAAGAACCUACAGAAGAUGGAGAGCAUUCACAAACAGUUCAUAAAGGAGUUGCGGGGAGCUAUAAAGGAUGACAUCGCCAUGUUGAUUGAAGAAGGACAGUUAGAGUUCAAACUGAGUGAGCUGGACAAACUGGAGAAGGCUGCUAAAAACAAUCCAGAUCCUGCAUGGCGGCCAAGUGGAAUUCCAGAGCAGGACUUUUGCAGCUUUUUGAUGCCAUACUAUCAAAAGCAGAAAGCCUACCUGCGAGUGGAGCUUAAAAAGAUUCAAGCAGAGAACGCUGCUCUGGCACAGAAAGUUCAAGCGGGUAGAGAGAGCAUGACUCAAACUGAAAAUAAUAUUUCCACUGCUGUUGAAGAAUGGAAGGCAUCAGUCACUGAGUUUGAAAGGCUGGCUUCGUCUCUCUGCCCUGCUGAUGUCUUCGAUGUAUGAUCUUCAAAGUUAUUUAAAUCUAUAAAAAUAUGACCGUACUCUGUUGUAAAUAUUCUUUUUGUAUACUGUCUAAUUUUAAUACGUAGUCUUGAAAAUAAAAAAAUAUUCAUCAUA